AUGAGUGAAACUAUUUUACCUAAUACAUCCACGUUAGAAAAUAAUACUGUGAUAAGCUUUAAUUUAGAAACGAAAAAUAACAUUAGAUAUGUUGGAAUAUGCAUUUAUAAUAUAGAAAGCAAUGAAUUUUCUUUAUGUGAAUAUAUAGAAAAUGAACACUUUACUGUUUUGGAAUCUAUAUUAAUUCAAUGUAGACCUACUUCUUUUUUAUUUUUAUCUAGUAACGAUCUAAUAGAUGAUAAAAGAAUUAAAAUGAUAUUAAAUUUGUGUGAAAUAAAGUUAGAAGAAUUAUCAAAGGAUUAUUUCCAAUCAGCAUCUAUUGAAAAUGACUUAAAUAAAUUAUUAAAAGAAAAUAAUAUUAAGAAUUAUAUAUCAUUUUUGGAUUUAUUAAUUGCAUGCAAAUCAAUGUGUAGCAUAAUAAAAUAUCUAAGCUUGCUUAAUGACGAUAGUGCAAUUAAUAAAUGUACUUUAAAAAAUUACAACAUUAAUGAAUAUGUAAAAUUAGAUAAAGCAGCUAUUAUUGCUUUGAAUAUAUUUUCAAAUAUAUCUAGAGAUAAAAAAAAUACUAAUACAAUGACACUAUAUGAUCUUCUUAAUAAAUGUAAAACAAAAAUAGGAGAAAGAAAACUAUUGCAAUGGGUAAUGCAUCCAAUAAGAGAUGUAAAAAAAAUAAAUGAUAGAUUGGAUAUAGUAGAGAUAUUAAAAGAAGAUAGUGUUACUAGAUCAAUGAUACAAUCUGACUAUUUAAGAAAAGUGUGCGAUUUACAAUAUAUAAUUAAGAAAUUUAAAUUAUUCACAAAUAAAAAGGAUGAUGAUGACAAAAGAAUUGUAAAAAACAAAAAUUGCUGUACCAUUCAAGAUUUAGUCAAAUUAUACGAUUGUAUAAUCGUAUCAAAAAAAAUUUAUUAUUGUUUAAAUGAUUAUAAAGGAAGACAUAGAAAAACUUUAGACAAUAAUUUUUUAAAUCCUUUAAAAAAUAUCAUAAUUAGUUUUGAUUCUUUUUUAAAGCUAAUAGAAUUAACAAUUGAUUUGGAGGAAGUAGAAAACAAUAAUUACUUAAUAUCUCGUAAAUUUGAUGAAAAUUUAGAAAAAUUAGCGAAUGAAAAAGAUCACAUAUAUAAUUUAAUAAAGGAACAUAAAAUAGAAGUAGAAAGUGAUAUAAAUUUUUUAAAAGGAAAUAAAAAAAAUAGUACAAAAGAAGACAUAAAAUUGGUAGAAUGUAACACUAAUGUAUUUCUAUUUAGGGCAGUAAAAAAAGAUAUAAAUUACAUACAGCAAAGAAAAAAAGUAUAUUUUCAAGUGAGAAUGAACAAAAGUGAAAUUUUGUUUCAUACAAAUAAGUUAAAAGAUUUAUGCAGAAAAUAUGAAAAUAUAUUGUAUGAUUAUAAUAUAGCUCAAAAAGAGUUAGCUAAUAAAGCCAUACAGGUAGCAUGCUCAUAUUGGGAACAAGUUGUAAAAUUAUCAGAAAUUAUUUCAGAAAUUGAUGUAUUAUGUUCCUUUGCUUUUGUUAGUUCAUCAAGCAUAUCUUCAUAUGUGAGACCAAUAGUAGAAGAAGGUGGAAAAAUUUUACAAAUGAAGAAUUCUCGUCAUCCUUUACUUGAAUCUAAUUUUUUAUUAAUGAACAAUUUUAUACCUAAUGAUGUGUAUAUGAAUAAAGAUGAUAAGAGAUUAAACAUAAUUACAGGUCCUAAUAUGGGUGGAAAAAGCACAUAUAUCAGGCAAAUAGCUUUGAUAUGUUUAAUGGCUCAGUUGGGUUGUUUUGUUCCAUGUUCUUAUGCAAAAUUACCAAUUUUCUCUCAAAUUAUGUGCAGAGUUGGAUCUUCUGAUAUACAACUAAAAGGAAUAUCUACUUUUUUUUCAGAAAUGAUCGAAAUUUCUGCUAUUAUAAAAAAUGCUGAUGAAAAUACUCUAGUCAUUAUUGACGAAUUAGGAAGAGGAACUUCUACUUAUGAAGGAUUUGGUAUCAGUUGGUCUAUUGCUAAUUAUAUUUUAAACCAUAUUAAAUGCUUCUGCCUAUUUGCUACUCAUUUUCAUGAAAUGUCAAAUUUAGAAGAAGAAUCCUCAGGAGCUAUAAAUAAUCAUGUUGCAGCUAAAAUUGAUAAUGAAAAAAAAAAAAUUUCUUUUCUAUAUGAAAUUAAACAAGGAUAUGCCGAUAAAAGUUAUGGAGUUCAUGUGGCACAAAUUGCCAAAUUGCCAAAGAAUGUUAUUGAUAAAGCUUUUGAAAAAUCUAAAGAACUAGAAUCAGUAGAAAAUAGACAUUAUUUUAAAACCAAAUUAAAAUUAAAAAACAAAGAGAAUGAUCAUAUAAAUACCUAUAAUCAAUAUUUUUUACAUUUAAAAAAUAUUUUCAGAGCACAUGAUGAAAAACAGUUUAUUUCUAAUGUAAAGGAAAAUUAUUCUACUCUAAAGGAAAUAUUAAACAAGAUAUAG